AUCAAAGGCAAACUUUCUUUUUUUGAAUUAAGCUAUGGAAUUACAAGACGUUGCAUCGAUUUUUCCUCUUAAUUUCCUAUCUGAGUCUGUAGGUUUUGGGUAAAUUUACCAGAAUCUCGAGUCUUGAGUCAUAUAUCGAAGACGGUAGUUUGUCGUAUAGUUGCGUUCACCAUUCUUGAAGUGAUGAUGUAAUAUGCCUUCAAUAUGAGCUGAAAUAGUUUUUGGAACUCAAGAUUACCGUCACUUGAUAUUUUUGCUGGAGGAACCUUUCUUCACCUAAACUAAAUUAAACUGGAGAGAAAAUCAGACCGGCCAGAAUGGUGGACCAUGGGAAGGAAGCCACUCUUCAAUUUGCACCCUUUCAGAGUGCCGUGGAUGAGGGUUUUUGGCAUAGGUUGUCUUCGUUAAAGCUCAACAAGCUAGGACUCGAUGAGUCUCCAAUACCAAUAACUGGUUGUUUUGCACCAUGCUCACAUCAUCAAGUGUCAAAUCAUUUAACUCUUCUUGCCGAAUCUUUACCUACCGAAUCAAGUGAACAAUCAUCGAUGCAAGAACUAAGCCGUGGGAAUAGGAAUAGGUGUUAUGUCCCUGGCAUUCUCUAUAAUACAAAUACAUAUGAAGGCUUCCAGGCUCUUGACAAGCAGAGUUUACUUAAGGCAGAAGCGGAGAAGAUCUGGGAGGACAUUCAUUCGGGAAAAGCUGACGAGGAUAGCAGAAUUCUUUUAAGAUUCCUUGUUAUUUCAUAUGCAGACUUAAAGAAAUGGAGCUUUCGUUACUGGUUUGCUUUCCCUGCUCUAAUGCUUGAUCCUCCUGCAACCCUGGUUACUUUGAAGCCAGCUUCCCACUGGUUUAGCUUAGAAGAGGCUGAGUCCCUAGCGGCUGCUUGUAAUGAGUGGCGUAACUUGUCCUCAACUACAGAUAUUCCAUUCUUCCUGGUUUCUAUUGAUUCGAACUCAAUUGCUACAAUUAGGCAUUUGAUUGACUUUGACGACUGCCGAAGUAAUGGUCAUAAAAUCCUCUUUGGAUUUUAUGACCCUUGUCAUCUUCCAAAUAAUCCUGGUUGGCCUCUUCGAAACUUCCUAUUAUAUAUUCAUGUAAGAUGGGGUCUUGAGAAAGUUCCAUUUUUAUGCUACCGCGAGAACCGUGGUUUUGCGGAUCUGGGACUUUCCUUGGUGGGUGAAGCAUUGAUAACAAAUUCACAAGGUUGGAAAACCAAUCAUAAAAUGCCAAAUGCUGUGGGUUGGGAAAGUAGCAGAGGAAGAAAGGUUCCAAGGUUUAUCAGCCUUGCUAACAAUAUGGAUCCAACUAGGUUGGCCAUAUCAGCUGCAGAUCUGAACUUGAAGCUAAUGAGAUGGCGUGCCUUGCCUUCAUUAAACCUCAAUAUCUUGUCUUCGGCAAAAUGCCUUCUCCUUGGAGCUGGCACACUUGGAUGCCAAGUUGCUCGAAUGCUUAUGGCAUGGGGUGUCAGGAAAAUUACCCUGCUUGAUAGUGGCAAGGUGGCUAUGUCUAAUCCACUGCGGCAGUCCCUGUAUACCUUGGACAACUGCUUGAAUGGUGGUGAAUACAAGGUGACAGCAGCAGUGGAGAGUCUUAAACGAAUCUUCCCUGCAGUUGAAGCAGAAGGUGUUGUGAUGUCCAUUCCAAUGCCUGGGCAUGCUGUACCUUGCCAGGAAGAAAAUAGUGUUAUUGAGGAAUGCAGACGACUGCUCAGUUUGAUUGAUUCUCAUGAUGCCAUCUUUUUGCUAACUGAUACACGUGAAAGUAGAUGGCUCCCAAGUCUUCUUUGUGCCAGUGCUAACAAGAUCACUAUUACUGCAGCUCUAGGGUUCGACAGCUUCCUAGUUAUGCGUCAUGGAGCUGGUCCUCUGAGCUCUAACCAUGACAUAAAAGCAGAAACUAUGACUGAUUUAUCUGCUCAAAUGGGAACUGUCUCCCUCGAUGACAAUGGGACUAGACAAAGAUUGGGUUGUUACUUCUGUAAUGACGUGGUUGCUCCAGUUGAUUCAACCACCAAUCGGACCUUGGAUCAGCAAUGCACUGUUACUCGUCCAGGGCUUGCUCCUAUUGCAUCAUCACUUGCAGUUGAACUUCUUGUGGGAAUUCUGCACCAUCCUUCUGGGAUAUUCUCCAAAGCUGAAUUCGCAAACUCAACUGAUUCGUCAAGCACCGAGCAACCUCUUGGUAUCUUGCCCCAUCAGAUUCGAGGCUCACUCUCUCAAUUUUCUCAGAUGACACUUGUGGGUCAUGCCUCAACUAGUUGCACAGCAUGUAGCUCCACUGUGGUAUCGGAGUAUCAGAACAGGGGGAUGGAGUUUAUAGUUGAAGCCAUUAACCAUCCUACAUAUCUGGAGGAUAUAACUGGAUUAACGGAGCUGAUGAAGUCAGCUGGCACUUUUGAAUUAGACUGGGAUAAUGAGGAUGAUGAUGAGUGUGUUGAAAUCUAAUUGCCUUGUAUAUAUACACACACUGGACUGGGAUAUUCCUAAUUAAUCAAGAUAUUAUUUAAGGAUGUUUCAUGGCAAGCCACAUUGAUUAAUGGCAAAUGUCCGUUGUUUGACAAAAUAGAUUCAAAACACCAUUAAAAUAUACGAUGGAUUUAUUUCGCUUUGAGCAUUGGGAAAAGAUAAGGGUGGUAUAUUGGCAACAUAAUUUUUAUUUGUUACAC